AUGCACUAUUGGCGUCCAUUUUCUGGUGUCAUUAGUCUCUCUGCCGCUGCGAUGCUGCUCGCGUCUCUUCUGAGUAUGGCAAUUCAGCUUUCUGCGAAGGAUAUUAUAUCGUAUGGAGAGGGAAUGACCUCCCAGGGGACUUCUCAGGCGGGUGAGGGCUCUCCGUUACCGUCGUUUCCUGACGGAUCGUCCGCGUUGGUUCGGGAUGCUUCGGCGGUUGCAGGGGUUGCCAGUGAGCGUUUCUACGGUGUUCUAACUUCGGCCGUUGCGAAGUCGAUUUGGGGGUCUGUGCUAAGUCCUUUUAGCCACGGGCUCCUCUGCCGCUGCCUCUUGAUGGGUACCUUAAUUGUUCUUUAUCACCAAGUCUCGCUGUUUGCCCACCUCGCCGCGUACAAAUCGGGGUUGGCAUCUCAAACCUACCUUGUGCAGGAUUCUCUGCAGCGCAUUGUAUCCACCCACCACCCGGAGCGCAUUGCGGUGGUGAGUUCGACCAAAAUCUCGCACAUUCUUAUGAACUGCGGGAAAACCGUAUCGGAUACGCUGGGGGCGCUUCUCACGAAUAUGUUGCCUUCUUUAUUAUCGGCGGCGAUUAUUUUGAUCAUUUUAUUGUACAUCUCCUUUACGCUAACGGUCUGCAUUGGGUUGAUUGUGGGGAUAGUGCAAUACGUGUACCACUUCGUUUGCCGCCAUCAUUCCAUCCGCGAUGCGCAGCUGGCAGCGCAGGAGGCGAUGAUUCACGACACCUUAGCGAACAUCAUUCAGCGCAGCGAGACGAUUUUUGUCGCCAAGUGCGAGGAAUUCGUUUUAGCGAAGCUGCAGGCGAUCCUUCUCGAUCUCACACGCCUUCGCGUCAACUUCGAUCGCGCCAUUCACGGCUACUCCGCCGUCUUCUCGACCGCCAUCACGCUCGUCUUUGUCGCGAUGCUGGGAGUCUUGAAGCAGCUGAACUUCCGUGGCGACCUUGUUUUGAUGGAUAUCGCGCUGUAUUUCAUCUUUUUGUAUCAGUUUGUGGAGCGAAUCCAAUCGCUGAGUGCGGAUUUCGGUCGCCUUCGGAGCGGGUUAGGUCGUCUGCACACCCUGCAGCAGACGUUACGAUGGUUUGACGAGCCUGUGGUGGGGGGGAAGGCGGGCUGUCGGGUGAUCCCCGCAGGGGAUCGCGAUGGGGGGGUUGGGGAAUCCGGCAAGGCCGCCCGCCGCGUGGGGAUGCGGGGAGGAUCCCAUCCCAACCCGAACGCGCGGGCGACGGUUGAGGCUGCGAGCCGCACCUCCAUCCCCCCUAAUACGUCCGCUAAUUCUUCUACUAAUGCGCCUAUGAAGUCCGCUAAGACGUCUGUGAUGACGCCUGGGGGGGCGGUGGGGCCCUCUUUCGCGGGGCCGUUGGUCGUCCUGCACGACGACGCCCACGCCGAUCUCGAGCUUCGCCGAGUGAGCUACGUGUACGGCGUGGCGCCGGCUUUUCUCGGGGUGGAGCCCCCCCCUUCCGCGGGGGAGGGUGGGGGUUUCCCAAGGGGGAUUCGCGAUCUCAGCCUGCGCGCCGCGGCGGGGCGGAUCACCUCGCUUUACGGCCCGAGUGGGUGCGGGAAGAGCACCUGUUUGCGUCUUCUUUCCGGCUUUUUGCGGCCGCAACGCGGGGUGGUCCACACGCGACGUCGUGCGCUGCUGCUCGAGCAGCACCCCGCCGUUUUUCUCGGAAGCGUCGCUGAGAACGUCGUCCUUCGCGACCUCCGUGGGGUCCCCACGGCGCGCGAGGGGGAUGAUCGGAAAGGUGCCAAGACGAAGUCAAAACCCCCCCCCUCGUCCUCCUCCUCCAAGUCUGAGACCUUUGCGUGGAUCGAGAAGAAGCUGAACCUGGCGAUGCGCGAGGCGGGAUGUGAGGACUUCGUCGCGGACCCUUUUCACACCCGUAUCGAGAACGUCAACCAGCCACCGUUCAGUGGGGGGCAGCUUCAGCGGAUUUGCCUUGCGCGGGUAUUCGCGCAAACGCGAUCGUGCUCGCUGGUGCUAUUGGAUGAGCCAACCACCGGUCUCGACGGCGAUACGGUUGAGAAGCUUCUGAUCACAAUCAAGGAGUUGCGCGAUGUGCAUAAAAAAACGGUCCUCAUCUCCACCCAUGAUCAGCGCGUUGCAUCGAUUUCGGAUGCGGUGAUCCAUUUGUCCUGA